CGGAUCUGCUGCUUCCGGUAGGCAUCAUUUCAUCACGGGCUUGGCGGGCUCUGGGAAAACGACUCUCCUCCGAGAGACGGUAUCGAGAUUGCGUGUGGACGGCUUCGAUGUCUAUGUAAUAUCGGCAACAGGAUUAGCUGCCAAUAUCGCAAAUGGUACGACUCUGAUGGGCUUUUUUGGCUUGGAAUUCGACACCAGUAACCACCAGCCUUUCGACAACUCGUAUAUGCGAGAUGCGAACGAGGUGGCGACUCAAAUGGAAGCAGGCUUAC